AUGGAAUCCAUCAAAGCCGUCUUUUUCAAACCAGAUCCCCAAGCCCAAGUACGGAAAUGCAAUCAACUAAUCCGAGCAAACACGCGCAAACUCGAUCGCGACAUCGCAUCCCUCAAAGUCGUCGAAAACAAAGCCAAACAAUCCAUCAUCCAAGCCUCCAAGCGCGGCCAACGUAACCCCUCGCAAGCAGCGCAAGCCGCCAAAGAAACACGCAUCUUCGCCCGCGAACUCGUGCGCAUCCGAAAACAAUCAACGCGCUUAGUGACGAGCAAAGCGCAGCUGAAUAGCGUGAGCAUGCAAGUCACCGAGGCGUUUGCGGUGCGCAAGAUUGAGGGCAGUAUCCGGGCCAGCGUGGGGAUCAUGAAGGAUGUUAAUAGUCUGGUGCGGUUACCGGAGUUGAUGGGGACGAUGCGGGAGUUGAGUCAGGAGCUGGUUAAGGCGGGGAUUAUCGAGGAGAUGGUGGGGGAUAGCUUGCCGGAUCAGAUGGAGGAGGAUGAGGAGGAGGAGGCCGAGAGUGAGGUUGAUAAGGUGCUAGGAGAGAUUCUGCAGGAUAAGAUGGCGAAGGUUGGAGCGACACCGAAUUUGCCUACGCCGGUGCAGACGGAACCUGUGGCGGAGGAUGAGGACGAGGAGGCGGCUAAUCUGGAGCAGAUGAGGGAUAGGUUGAAGGCGUUGCAGAGUUGA